UCGACGCCCACCUUGCUUCCACGCCCUCACAAAACUCACGGAGGCCAUUGUCAUCGGCGCCCUUCCGCCUCAUCCUUUCCACGCCCACUACUCUUGCCCCCUCCCACGACCUCAACUCUGCCAUGGCACCUCUUCACGAAGUAUUCCUCCUCCACGACGCCCUUGCCCUCCAGUGGUCGACGCCUCCACCUCGAGCACACCUGCCUCAUGCCCGCGGCCUAAUCUGCUCAACUGAGGGAGAGCGAGGUGGUGGUAGCACGUCGACAAUUCGGUCGGGAGUCGACACUCGGGCUUGGGGUAUCGUCUCGCUUGCCCGUAGCCCCUUUGCUUCUUGCCAUCCGGCUUCUCGGCGGCGGAGAAGAGGAGGGGAAUGGCGCACCGACUGUUGUGGGACGUGCAGGCGAACGGGUGGGAGCGAUCAAAUUUCACCAUCGUCUGCGAGUCAUGCCUCGGCGACAAACCCUACGUCCAGAUGAUUGUGCGUUCUUGGUCUUUUGCGGCUCGGCAUGUCUCCGUUCCAGGGAUACAGAGGAGAUGCGGUUUCAGGGUUUGAACGUUACUAAUUAUGCUUCUCUUGUCAUGAUGGGGGACUAUGGGAAGUCAAUCAAAGAUCUGGCCCUCGCUCGCAUCCCUACUGUCAGUGAGAGGGGGUUCUAGGUGAUGGCUAAUGCCCUGGUCCUACAGAAGCUUAGGCAUAUGACUAUUGUCUCCUACCCGGGACUCAUGGAUCUUGCUCUUGCAUCUGUUGCCAAGUUUAGCCCAAGUUUGAGGCUUGUUAACCUCAAGAAGUGCAGCAAGGUCUCAGACGGAUGUCUGAAGGAAUUUACAUAAUCAUCUAGCCUGGAGAGUUUGCAGAUCGAGGAAUGCAGCAAGGUUACUCUUACGGGCAUUAUUGCUUUCUUCCUCAACUGCAGCCCAAAGUUCAAGUCCCUCUCUCUGUCCAAGUGCAUCGAGAUCAAGGACAUAUGCUCUGCAUCUGCACAGCUUCCAGUAUGCAAAUCGCUUCGGUCCCUGGCCAUCAAGGAUUGCUCAGGCUUCACCGACACCAGCCUUCCUAUGGUGGGCAUGUUCUGUCCUCAGCUGGAGAACAUCAAUUUGAGUGGCCUUAGUGCAAUCACCGACAAUGGCUUCCUUCCACUAAUGAAGAGCUCGGACAGUGGGCUGGUCGACAUUGAUUUGAACAGCUGCGAGAAUCUCACGGUCACGAACGCGGCUGUUUCUGCCUUGGUUAAGGCCCAUGACGCUUCCCGCCACCUCAGUCUCGAGGGAUGCAGCAAGAUCACUGAUGCAAGCCUGUUCGCCAUCUGUGAGAGCUGCAGCCAGCUCAUCGAGCUCGGCCUUUCGAACUGCAUGGUCAGUGACUACAACGUCGCGGUCUUGGAAGCGACGAAGCAGCUCAGGCUGUGUGUCCUCUUGCUGUGUGGCUGUAUGAAGGUCACCCAGAAGAGCGUGAGCUUGAAGCCCUUCAUCAAACGUUUCUAAGGUUAUAUCAAUUUAUUCUCUACUACUGUCAUUGAUGCACUACUCAAAAUUUAAGCCAUUUGUGCAAUAAAGCCAGUAGUAUCCAUCAAUAAAUAUCGCUAAACAUUUGGUCUGCAUAUCGUAUUUGUUGUUCAUUCCAACAACAUAAAAAUGUAGCUCAUAUCCUGUUAAAAUGUUUCUAAGUAUAGGCCGAUCUGUUGUUUCUUUUUUUUGUUUAUUAGGUUCUCUAAUGUCUGAAUAUAUGCUUGUGCUUCCAAAUUCUAUUUUCUUAUGCUCAGUAUCAGUCGAUGCAAAAUAAAACUUGGCUUACCUAAUCCGACUGACAGUACAUGUAAAUGAGUCAAUAUUGGAAACAAAAUUAUUUUGUAAGUAAUAGUUCAUUUAGCAGCAGCAUAUAUCCGAUGAAAUGAGAAGUAGUGAUUCCUCAGCUCGCAUAUCUACGUGUGCUUGAGCUUGAACCAAGGAGCUGAGACUACGCUUGUGCCUGUGCUCGUGCAUGUGCUUGAGCAUGAUCUUGUGCCUGUGCUUGCGCAUGAGCCUGUGCCAUGGCCUUGGCUUGGGCUUGACUCUGUUGCUUUAGGAACCGAUUCAUUCGUUCGAGCAGCUGCACAGCUUUCCUCUUUCCUCUCUCCGUGCCACUUUCGUCUGCUAGCUCCUCCAGCAAAGACACGAUGCCCUGCUCCUGUGCUUCAGCAAGAUGUUGUUGUUGCUGCUCACCCCAUUUCAUAGAUGCACCGUAACAGCAGCAGCAUUUUCCUUGUUCCUUGGAGAUCCAUUUCUGACAACUCCAACAAGUACAGGCACUGCAGAAGCAGCGCCAAUUGCUGCCUUCCCCUCAGGAUGGCCUGAGAGGAUUGUCAAUAUUGCAAGGGCCUCAUCUACCAUCCCACUUUCAGUCUCCAUGAGUAGUUCUGGUAGUAUCCAGCUCUAACAGUCUUCCCCUUGUUGCCCUGGUAAAUACACAAGUUAAACAGUGCUGUUGCUGCAUCCCUUUUACCUCGCUCAUAAGUCUGCAGAGGCAUAUGCAAGGAAUUAUAGUGAGCUGAAAUGCACAAGGUCUGUAUAUUGAAUGGAAACAUUUUAACAGGAUUUGGGACGAAAGUAAGACCUGCCCAGUGGCAACAAUAACUGGGUCUUUCAUUAAAUCCAGUGAUAUUGGGCAACGAAAAUCAUCAGGAAUAACAGGACAUGCUGAGUUGCCUUUUGGAAAACUUUUUCCGCCCAUCUCAGGGUCUUCUGCCUGCACAAAAUCCUUAAUCUCUUUUAGGAGCGUUGACAUCUUUUCAACAAUGCCACUAGGAUCACCGCCACUAGCCAUCUCAUGCAAGGUCAGAGAUUCAUGAUUGAGGUCAUAUAUUGUGACAAGCUGCAACUUCUCAUAUAACCAUCGAAGAAUAUCUACGUCAACGCUAGCACUGCUGCUUGAAUUAUAGAGAGACAUCAGGUCAUUAAAAAGAUCAUCGUCACAUGAAUCCGAUCGUUGCUUAGCUCUUUUGAACUGAGUAUGCACCAAGUCAACCUGCAUAACAUUGAAAAUAUUAUGGUACACAAAACAAGGAAAAAUAUCAAAACAGUAGUAAUAUAAAAAACAUUAAUGAAAAUAGAAAUUUUGGAAUUUAGUAGUCUACCUGCUCUCUUACUUCAUUAGAUAUAUUAAGUUCAUCAAACAAGAUACCAGCUAAGGCUUGUUCAAGACUUACAGUGACGUCCUGGAAAGUCUUCAAUAAUUUCUCUCUGUCAAGAACUUGCAAAUAUCAUAGGAAUUUACUACGAACGGCCAUGCUGGUGUAUCUAGCACUAAUCUCUACUACUAAUUAUGUGACUAAUGUAGGCGUCCACACACCCCAUGGUGCAGGUUCUGUCGCGCGCACCCCGCCCCGCAUCCGCCCCGCACAUCCCGCCCGCAUCCCGCCGUCGUGCCGCGCUCCUUCCAUCCUCCGCCCUCAUCCCACCGCCCUCCUUCCAUUUUGAGCUUUGACGGUGCGGAUCCCCAACACUCCCUUCCAUCCUCGCGGAUCCCCCACCCUCGAAUCUCGCGCUCCCUCCCGCGCUUCCUCCAUGCUCCCUUCCAUCCCGCGGGCCCGAUCCGAUUCGGCUUCCGUCUCACUCAUCUCGCCCGGCCUCCGUGGAGAGAUCUAGCGGUGGAGGCGAUGCCACUGGGCGACGACGCGGAGGCGGCGGACUUCGUGCUGCCGGACGAGCUCCUGGCGACGCUGCUGCGGGACCCCUACGAGCAGCUGGAUCUGGCACGCCGCAUCACCGCGCUGGCGGUGUCCGGGCGGGUGUCCGGCCUGGAGCGGGAGGCAGGGCGCCUGCGGGCGGAGGCCAUGGGGAAGGACCGCGAGAACGCCGAGCUCCGGGAGCGAGUGGUGCUGCUCGAUACCGCGCUGCAGGAGACCAACGCCAAGCUCCGCUCCCCCAUGAUCACGAUGACAGAUCUCGUCCCUUCCUGCGGUCACGAAGCCACAGCUUUCGAUGACUCAUGACCUCCCCUGUCGAGUCCCCUCUCCCAUCGGUCCGUAGCGUGCGCAUCUCAGCGUGCCACCGACGCUCUACCCCACUCACCCACCACAAGGGCCCUCCGCGUCGUCUGAGCUUGGCCCCGACGACAUUGGCGUGAUGAAGGUCCUCCCCGAUCAGCAGACCUUCCUCGCACUACUGAGGUCGGUGGAACGCCUGUCCGCGGGGAGGCAGGUGCACGCCCAUGUCGUUGUGAGUGGUUUGCACUCGCGCGUGUACCUGCGGAACUCUCUGAUCAAGAUGUACAUCGACGCCGGGGAUGUGGAGACCACCGAGCUGAUGUUCCGUUCUGCACUGGUGUUGGAUACUGUGUCUUGCAACAUCAUGAUAUCUAGGUAUGUGAAUGAAGGGUGCACCCUGAUGGCGCUGUGGUUUUUCCGUGACAUGGCAAGCCGGGGUAUUGUUGUUGAUCAGUAUACGGCUGUUGCUCUGCUCACUUGUUGUGGGCGCCUGAAGAAUAAGAUUAUUGGGAGGUCUGUCCUGGCGCACUGACCUUAUGGUAAGCUAGAGGUCUCAGCUAUUGGGAAACUAGAAUUUAUGUUUUUAUCAAUGUUUAGUCAUUAACUAAUUAAUUGCACAUCGUUUUGUUGUAUAUUUAUUAACUAAUCGAGUGUUGCAUACGGUUUUCAGAGCAUUUGAAGACGCAGAAAUUACUCAUGUUGACGAUAAAGUAGAUCCUAUUAGAGACAUGGAAACUAUUAGUGAAGAGCUCAGACUAAAGUUUUCAUUGGAUUUUGUUGAUUUACAAGAUCAGUUGUACAACACUUAAACCUUUUUUCGACACUAUUUUGUUUCUAUUUUCUGCAGGAUAUAGAGUUCAUGAAAAAGAAACUUAAGGACCUUGGUAAGCCAAUGAAGAGGAGCAAUGAUAAGCUGCUCAAAAUUGAGCAUGAAUUAUGUGAGAGGAUUGAUCCAGCAUAAUGUCGAGGAGACUGGAGACUAAACUUGGAGGUGCUACUGAAGGAUGUGACUUUGAGUCAAAGGGUAAAAGUGAUAAUGAGAUGUGUGUGUUGUAUUUUCAUUCCUCGGGACAAUAAUGUUAUUUGUAGGUAGAAGUUAUUGUACAUAUGUUAUGUGUUUUCUGCCUGAUCGUCGUUUAUGCUUGCCUCUUAAAGUAACAAGUAGCACAUGGAGAGCUUGAAUUGAAUUCAAGCUUGGAUAUGAUUGGAAAAUAUUUGUAUUAGAUCACCUAGAAGGGUGAUUGAUGCUUGUUAUUGGCCAAGCAGACAAUAGGUAGUCAGAUGAAGAUUGUAAAAAACAAGCAUGCUCAACCCUUCAAGAAUACACAGUUUGAGCUUGAAUUUGGAAAGGGGAUAUGCCACAAUUCAGAGUUUUUUGAACAGAAUUUCUAGAGCAGUUGUUCCUAUAAAAUAAUAUUUUAGUAGUGUAGCGGGAAGAGAAUUCACAUUGCGUGAAAUCAUGUUGAUAGCUAAGAGGUGGAAGUUGAAGUAAGCCGGGAAGGGUGAGGUAUUGGGAACUGUGGCAUUUAAAGUUCAGUAAGCAGCAGUAAAAUGUAGUGGUGUGGUCGUGUAUAUAUGAUGUGCACAUUUUGAACUCAGACAUUCUUUAUUGAGUGCUGCUAGAAUUACAUUGAGCUCCCUCCA